AUGGACGGAAUAUCGUCGCUCUCGGCGAUCCUCGGCGUGCUGCAGGUGGUCGGCAGCGCGACGAUCGCAGUGUACAAGUACGCCGCAAGCGUAAAGGGCGCACCCGCGGCGUGCGACAGGCUCCUCCAGGAGCUCUCUGCCAUUGGUGGGACGCUCGGCCAUGCAAAGGUCGUGCUCGACGGCCUGCAGGGGCAAGACGACUUCUCGACAAACCAUACCCUCAAGAUCAUCGCGUUCCUCGGCGGGACUGGGGGCCCGCUCGAGAGCUGCAGGGCGACGAUCGACGAAUUGUGUGCGUGGCUUGCGCGCGAUGGUGAUAAGCGUAUGCGGGUGGAUAGACGCAUGUUGUGGCCAUUCCAGGAGAAGGAUUUGAUGGAGUUUGUGCAGAGGCUGGAGAGGCACAAGACACAUUUUAUUCUCGCGCUUUCGUUGAAUUCUGCCGACUCAUUGAUGCACCUGGGAAACUCGGUGGAGGACGUCAAGAAGGAGCAGCAGCGCGUGAAGGACGAAAAGGCGCGGCAAGAACUACAGAUGGAUAUCCGCGACCUCAUCAAGUGGUUGUCUCCGCUUGAUGUUGACGUGAAGCAUGAGUCGUCCUCGCGCAUUCGUCAGCCGGGGACGGGCACCUGGCUGCUUGACAAUAAGCUGUUCAGGGAAUGGCGCUCCUCAAAUAGUGGAUUUCUGUGGCUGCACGGCAUUCCCGGAAGUGGGAAAACUAUUUUGAUGUCCACGGUGAUCGAUGAGUUGAAAUCAUCCCGCAGCGGUGGCGAUGAGGAGGCGAUCCUCGCCUACUAUUACUGCGACUUCAGCGACUCCAAGAGCGCCAACCCAGUUACGGUGCUCCGCACGCUGCUGACACUCUUUAUGGCGACGAUCGACGAUGACUCCGUCGACACCUUCGAGGAUCUCCUGAAGCGAAAGAAGGCGAGCAAGAGCCCGCCUGACGACAUCGAGCUGCUGCAGUCGCUGCUGCUACGCGCCAUCGGAGAGCGGAAGGCCAUCAUCGUCCUCGAUGCGCUCGAUGAGUGUGUCGACCGCCGCUGGCUCCUCGAGUUCAUCCCUCGCCUUGUCCAACAGGCGAGCGUGCGGUGGCUCGUCUCGAGCCGACGCGAGCAGGAUAUCGUGGGUGCCUUCGAAGAUUUCCCCACGAUCUCCCUGUCGCACGAGUUUGAGAAUGUGUACGCGGAUAUACAAACACAUAUUAUGCAGAAACUGGAGACCGAGCCAAGGCUGCGUAGGCUGGAUAGCGAGCUUAAAGCCGAGCUUGGGUCUGCUCUGCUGCACAAGGCAGACGGAAUGUUUCGCUGGGUGCAAUGUCAGCUGGACUUCAUCGUCACUCGACGGACUAGGCAGAGUAUUCGUGAGGCACUGCGCACUCUACCGCGUGGCUUGUAUCCGACGUACGAAAGGAUUUUGAAGCGGAUCGAAGACGAAGGAGAGGAGUCUGCGUUGAUCGCAAAGAAGACUUUACUCUGGCUUGUCUCAGCUCUCCGCCCCCUGAAACUUGUGGAAGUGGAAGAAGCAAUCAUGAUCGAAGUGGGAAGCGAGAGCCUCAACGACGACGCUCGCGUAUUGGAUAAACACGAUAUCCUGGAGAUUUGCAGCAGCCUGGUCGACUACGACGAUUCAACUGACAUCGUCAGUGUCUCGCAUUACUCGGUUCAGGAAUUCCUUCUUUCGAACUACUUGGCAGACAGUUCACUGCAGCAGUACUACAUCUUACUGCCCCAAGCCCGGCGCGAACUCGCCCUCCUGUCACUGACUUACCUUCUACUUGACGAUUUCGACAGCGGACAAUGUGAAAGCCUCAACGAACUGUCCGACAGAGAAGCACAGCAUCCGUUCUUCUGGUAUGCAGCGGUCCAGUCGUUCUUGCACGUGCAGUCGGUCGAAGAAGACGACGAAAUAUUCACGCUUAUGAAGAACCUUCUCAUUGAUCAGGACUACCGCGAGAGGUACCUUGCGUUCCGUCAAGUGUUCCACAUGCAUGACUUCCCUGGCCUCAGCUUCGAAGGCUACAUCGUCCGAGACAGACUUCCGUCAGUCGCCGUUACCCCGCUCUACGAGCUAAUUACUUGCAGCCUCCAGUGGGUAACCCGUCGCAUGAUCAAAAACAAUCCCACGUUGAUAGACACCGAGAUUGAAGGCUACGGUACGCCGCUGACUCUCGCGACGUUCAAGAAUCUGAGGGAGAUGGCCGCGCUGCUCAUUGAGCUUGGUGCAGACGUUAACAAGACCACGCGCAAUCAUUAUGCCGGUGCUGGGCAGGUCGUCUCCCCGCUCCUCUUUGCGGUCCAGCUAGGGCGGGUGGAGAUUUUCGCGAUGUUGCUCGAGCAUGGGGCUAAGCUGGAAUUACCCGGGGGAUCUAUGGGCUAUUCUCUCAUAUUCCUUGCAGCGUUCAACGGGCAGACGCCCAUGCUGGAGGAGCUUAUCCGCCGUGGGGUCGACGCCAACAUGACAGCAGGGGAUGCAAAGACAGCUCUCCACUACGCCGUGGAAGGAUGUUCACUCGAUUGUGUACGAGCUCUCGUAGAGGCGGGAUGCAACGUGAGCGACCACCGUCGUUCGGGGAAGACCCCGCUCGAGAUUGCAUUCACUCUCCGGUCGACCGAUAUUAUACAGUACCUGCUUGACCACGGGGCCAGCGCCAAAGACUUUGGUCAUCUUUCACCCGAUCAAUGUGAAUGGGCGGCCUCGGAGCCUUGGUUUCCGAUUUUACAAAAUAAUCUCGCCGAAUUGCCUGAAGCGAAUUUUCAUGUGCCAGAGUCUUCAAAUGAUGUCUUCCGAGUGCGGGAUAUGAUGCAUAAGGCUCUACGUCUUCCCGUGGAUAUUAUCUGUUCAAUCCUAGACUAUGCCGAGUACUGGGUCCGUUCGUCCGUCAGCCGCGAAGAUUAUAUUAUCGUCGACAAAACCAUCGAGACACCUUACGUCUCAAUCGAGGUUACUGGCCGUCCACAUCUACCCCUGCGCAGAGUGAUUUUCGAGACAAGGUCGCAUGAUCAAGGUUGGAGCGACAACCGCUGGGCACACGGCUCGUACCGCUAUUCAUAUACCUGGUUUGAGGCGGGGCAGCAGUUCACUGCUUCUGAUGGCCCGCAGCGAGAAGAGCCACGACGGCACAUGAUCCAAACAAAUGUGCAUGGGUCAUCAGAAAGUCGUGUACACAUUAACACAUGGGCUGCGCACAACGAGACGCCCGAACUUGCGGAGUGGAUGGACACUUUUCGUCCGGGAGACGUGCUGCAUGUCUUCCCCCGGGCGUCGUUCUCCGGUUGGGAAAAUCAUGUGGAGUCUGUGAAAGUGGAUGCCUUCUGCGCUUGGGUGUGA